GGGAGCUCCCCUGACUGGCUAAGGGAAGUCCACUGCUUUGAUUCCGUCUCCGCCCCCUUAUCGCUCCCUCCCCUCCAAAGCCGUGACAUUCCCAGUGUUCAGGAAUGUGGCGAGCUGGCGUCUGGCGGGAGAACGAAGAACGGAAGCGAGGGAAGCCCGAAAGUAGGUCUUCGUUGCCGCUCCUUUUCGUCUGCUCUGAUGUGUGGUCUUCCCCGCUGGGAUUAGCCUCUUUCUUUAAAUGCACUGCACAAAUCCUGGCGAGCUGGUUGCUAACAUCAACCCCAAAACGCCCGAAGUCCCAGGCGCUGUCGACUGAACUACCGCCAGCAGUCUUCCUGGGUUUACUGGAUUUACAGGUUGUCGGGGAGCUCUCCAGGGUACUGAAAGCUUAAUCGCUGCUCCAGCAGUUCUCCAGCGGAGCUCUCCAUUCCAUAGCUUCUUGCUCUGAAUUCCCUCAUGACUCGCACACGUUCGCUUUGGAGGAGGUUGUGAAUACCUCAGAGUACCAUGGCCCGGAUUAGAUACCUGCGUGCAGCUGUCUCGGGAUUUUAUCUUUGGGAAGCUGCCCUGCUGAUCAGUUUGGUGGUCACGAAGGAAACAGACAGUGCAAGAUCUCGUAGCAUGCCAAUGUCUCCAUCAGAUUUCUUGGAUAAAUUAAUGGGAAGGAUGUCAGGCUAUGAUGCAAGGAUCAGACCCAACUUCAAAGGACCUCCAGUUAACGUCACAUGCAACAUUUUUAUAAACAGUUUUGGAUCCAUUGCAGAAACAACCAUGGAUUAUCGAGUGAAUAUUUUUCUCCGUCAGAACUGGAAUGAUCCACGUCUUGCUUAUAGUGAAUAUCCAGAUGACUCUUUAGAUCUAGAUCCCUCCAUGUUGGAUUCUAUUUGGAAGCCUGACUUAUUCUUUGCCAAUGAAAAGGGUGCCAACUUUCAUGAAGUAACUACAGACAACAAGUUGCUACGAAUUUUUAAAAAUGGAAAUGUUCUUUAUUCUAUCCGACUGACUUUAAUACUCUCCUGUCCAAUGGAUCUCAAAAAUUUUCCAAUGGAUGUCCAAACAUGUAUAAUGCAGCUGGAAAGCUUUGGAUAUACUAUGAAUGAUCUCAUCUUUGAGUGGCAAGAAAAGGGUGCUGUGCAGGUAGCUGAUGGGCUCACUUUGCCUCAGUUUCUGUUGAAAGAAGAGAAAGAUUUAUGUUACUGCACCAAGAAUUACAACACAGGCAAGUUUACAUGUAUUGAAGUCCGAUUCCACCUUGAACGGCAGAUGGGUUAUUAUCUCAUUCAGAUGUAUAUACCCAGUCUCUUGAUUGUCAUACUCUCCUGGGUGUCCUUUUGGAUCAAUAUGGAUGCUGCUCCAGCCAGAGUGGCUUUAGGGAUAACAACUGUGCUUACUAUGACAACACAGAGUUCAGGGUCACGGGCAUCACUCCCAAAGGUGUCGUACGUCAAGGCUAUUGACAUCUGGAUGGCUGUAUGCUUGCUUUUUGUAUUCUCGGCACUUCUGGAAUAUGCAGCUGUAAAUUUUGUGUCAAGACAACAUAAGGAACUUUUGAGAUUCCAUCGAAAGAGGAAGAAGAACAAGGAUGAUGAUAUAAGAGAGAAUCGGUUCAGCUUCACAGGCUAUGGAAUGGGGCCACCAUGUAUACAAGCAAAAGAUGGCGUAGCUCCCAAGGGCCCAAAUAAUCCUGUUCAAAUUGUACCAAAAAGCCCUGAAGAAAUGAGGAAGGUAUUCGUUGAUCGGGCCAAAAAGAUUGAUACCAUCUCCAGAGCCUGCUUUCCAUUAGCCUUUCUGAUAUUCAACAUUUUUUACUGGGUUAUCUACAAAAUCAUUAGGCACGAAGACAUUCAUCAGUAAUGAAGUUAAGUACUAGAGCCUGGCUCAUAAAGGGCAUGGAGAAAAA